AUGCUUAGAAAUUCUCUCGAGGGUUCAUGUGGCAAUGGCUCUUUACCUACAUAUGCAGAAGCAUUUUUCAUAAUCAUGCGAAUGGGUGUUGGAGACAAAUCAUUCAUUGUCCGGAAAGCUACUGCAAGAUGUUUAAAAUCUCUUGCUAGUAUUGGAGGCCCAGCCCUAGGAGUUGGAGAGCUUGACAAUUAUGCCUCUUACUGUGUCAAGUUUUUCGGAUAUUAUCUACAAUAUCCAUCUCUACUUGUUGCUAUUGGUUCUCAUUUACCAGACUUUGUAAGCCUGAUUGUUCAAAAAUGUUCCAGAAUGAUGAUAUUAUCUGCAAUAUUCAUAUCCAAUGGCAUCUAUUCAACUAACGCCUUUGUCCACCUGCACCGAUCUCUCUCUUCUUGUCUUCAGAGUUUUCUGAUGUCGGAAGACUCUCUCCGUCCGGUGCUCUACUGGAGAACCUUUUUCAUCCUCAUCUCCAUCGAUUUCCGUUGGUUCCGAUUUCGACGCCAAGCCAGGAAAAAAUUCCCUGAUGAGAAGAUUUGGAUCACUAACGAAAUUAUUCACAACCUGACUGUUGAUAAGAGGCUAGAAGAGAUGGAAGUUAAAGAUAUCCCAAUUGAGGAUGAAAAAAAACAAUUUGAUGUCAUUGAUAAAGGCGAUGUUGUAAUUCUGCCUGUUUUUGGAGCUGCAGUAGAUGAAAUGUUGACUUUGAGUAACAAACAAGUACAAAUAGUUGACACAACAUGCCCUCGGGUGUAUAAGGUGUGGAAUACUAUUGAAAAGCACAAGAAGGGGGAUUAUACUUCAAUCAUUCAUGGUAAGUAUUCCCAUGAAGAGACAGUGGCAACAACCUCUUUUGCAGGAAAGUAUAUCAUUGCGAAGAAUAUGGAUGAGACAACAUAUGUGUGUGAUUACAUUCUUGGUGGUGAACUUAAUGGAUUUAGCUCAACCAAAGAAGCUUUUCUGAAGGGAGAUUAG